AUGCAGACCAUAAAGUGUGUAGUGGUUGGAGAUGGAGCCGUGGGAAAAACCUGUUUGUUGAUUUCAUACACGACCAAUAAGUUUCCCUCUGAGUACGUCCCCACAGUGUUUGAUAACUACGCUGUGACAGUGAUGAUCGGAGGAGAGCCCUACACUCUGGGACUCUUCGACACUGCAGGUCAAGAGGAUUAUGAUCGUCUGCGUCCUCUCAGUUACCCUCAGACUGAUGUGUUCCUCGUGUGCUACUCUGUGGUGUCUCCUUCCUCCUACGAGAACGUCAAAGAGAAGUGGGUUCCCGAGAUAAACCACCAUUGCACCCACACCACGUUCUUGCUCGUGGGCACACAGACAGACCUCAGAGAUGACCACAGCAUUCUGGAGAAACUGACCAAGAACAAACAGCGCCCCCUAAUGCCUGAACAUGGAGAGAGACUGGCCCAAGAUCUCAAGGCUGUGAAAUACGUAGAGUGCUCUGCUCUUACUCAGAAAGGCCUGAAAAACGUGUUCGACGAAGCAAUUCUCGCUGCUCUGGAACCACCAGAAACAAGGUCCAAACAGCGCUGUGUGAUACUGUAGACUAAACUAGAACUAAACCAGGACUAAACCAGGUCUAAACCAGGUCUAAACCAGGACUAAAACCAGGUCUAAACCAGGACUAAACCAAGACUAA